UUGCGUCUUUUGCGUCCGCUUGUCGAAAGCGGACAUUCGUGCGUGCGCCAUCUUGUUCGUGCGAGGGAUAGCUCCUGCGUCUUCCAGCCAUGCAUUGAUCGUGUCCCAAACGGCCCCAAGAGCCAGCGACGGGUCCGCGUGGCACCGCCACGACUCUAACCUUUCCCCGCGGCUCCCGAGUCGUACCGAUUUCACCGCCACACAAUGGAGGAAGACGUCUGCGAAGAGUACAAGUCGUCGCUGCUGGAUCUAACAUGCAACAGCAAGCCCCUCAUCAAUAUGCUCACAAUGCUGGCGGAAGAGAACAUCGACCAGGCACCGAGGAUUGUGCGAAGCAUCGAAGAGCACUUGCAGAAGGUGCCGAUAGAGAUGAAGCUCCCAGUGCUAUACCUAAUUGAUUCCAUUAUGAAGAACGUUGGGGGCGCCUAUCGCGCCCUGUUUACCCAGAACGUGGUUUCCAACUUUUGCAGCGUUUUUGAAAAGGGUGACGAGAAGAUGCGGAUGCAGCUGUUCAAGCUGCGCCAGACGUGGGCCGAGAUCUUCCCCAACAAGAAGCUGUUUGGUCUAGACACGAGAGUGAAGGCGCUGGACCCCGCCUGGCCCGUCAUGGCCAAGGAGCCCCAGCAGUCGACCACCAUCCACGUCAACCCAAAGUUCCUCGAGGCCAAAGCCAACGCGGAGAAGCAGCAAGCAUUGGAACAGCAGUCUGCUAAGACAGCUAGCUUAGACCCCCUGUCCAAACCCACAGAAAAGGUCCUCGGCACCGUGGCUCCGUCGUCGGAAGGCGAACAGGUCCAGCGGAUGCUGCUCCAAAAGCAGCAGGAGUUCAUCCUCCUCCAGCGGCAGAAGCUCCAACUGGAACUCCAGAUGCAGCAGCAGCAGCUGAAGCAGAAGCAGGAAGCUGAGCAGCUCAUGAAGUCCUUGAAGUCAGCGCCGGGUGGAGCCAUCCGUAACACUCUGCCGCCGCCGCCUGUCCCGGGCGGAACUCCCAUGAGGCCUCAGGUGCUGCAACCCCAGACGCCCAUGACAGCACGCGACCCGAGGUUACAGCAGCGGCUAGUCCCUCCCCCUGAUUUCGGCCGACCCCCCCCGAACACGGUGUUGCCCCCUGCAUUGCAGCCAUCGUCCGAGGUCCGAACCGUGGCUUCCGUCCCGACCCCCGCGCAGCUUGAGAAAACUCUGAGCUCUCCGGAGAAACGGAGCGGCGUCAGGGGCUCCGCGAAAGACGAGGGCAUCUCCAAGUCCCCGCCGAAAAAGUUCCGCAUUCCCAAGACGACCGACCGCAAGAAGUCCACGGAGGAAGGCGGUAAGAACGGCACGGGCCCGGCAAAGACGUCCCCGACGAAAGCGUCGCCGACGAAGUCGCGCAAGGCGAACGAGGACAAGGACGAGAGGCACGCUCACCGUUCUCUCACUUCGUCUUCAGCUUCGUCGCCCGGGAGAGGAGGGAAGAAGUCGAGGGGGAAAGGGAACAAGUCGUCAAAGGGGGAGGAGAACAUCCGUCCGGCGGACGUCGAGAAGAGCCGGAACGCCGCCAACAGCAACAAUGUGUCUCCGGCGGAGUCUGAAGCGUUGCAGACCGGGGACGUGGACAUGCGGAUCAUUCCGGAGAAGAAGCGAGACGUGGACGUCGGCAGCAACGGGGAGAGUCCGCAGCUAAAGAAGCACAAGGCUGGAGGGGAGGCGGUGCUGGGGGACUUCGACUACCGCAAGGGCCCCGGUGCCAACAGCACGUCCCAGCGGGGAUGGGCACAGUACAAGGCGACACACCCGGACGAAUACAAGAACCCCCUGCGGCCAGCACGUGAGAACAUGGACGGCAGGGACGAGGAUUUGCGCCAGUUGCCGCCCGGCGCGGCGGCAGGCAGAGGAGGUGCCAGCAUGGGCAGGGGUGGCUUUCAAGGUCGCGGAGGUGGUCAGCCGCUGGUGGACCGUUUCGGCCGACCCUUGUUUCGGAGACUCAUGUCCGACCCAAGGUUCCGCAGUCACGUCGGCCAGGGCCCGGGCAACGACCCGAACCUCAUGCAGCAGCAGCAGCAGAGGCUCCAGAUGGAGCGGAUGCUGGCGGACCCCGAGGCCUUCCUGCAGCAGACGGAGGAGCAGCUCAGGGCAGGCCUGAUCAACCCGGACCUCCACCGGGAGCUCAAGGCGGAGCUCGAGAAGCUCUCCCAGUUCCGCAAGUCACAACCGCUCCUGCCCCUGGAUUGGCAAAGAAUCACCCAGGGACCUGGCUUUCCAUGGAAUGCUGGAUCACCUUUCCCGGGCAUGAACCCAGUCAAAGAGCUGCCGCCACCCUCGGAGCCAGCCCCCGCCAUGGGGUCGAUCCAGGUGGACACUCAGAUGCGCAAAGUGCAGUUUGUGGACGAUACGGCUGUGGUGCUGAUGGGCGGCACCGAGACGCGCCAGAUCAUGUUCAAGGGACCCCCCAAACGUGUCCGCAUCGAUGACAUGGAGCCCAUCUUGCUUUCGUUUGACGGGGUCGCCCAAGAAUUCGUGUCCAAACGGACGGGCAAAAAACGCACCAUCAAAUUCGGCGCGCCGCUACGCGAGAUCUUUCUCGACGGCGUCCCCUACAGCGCCCAGUUUGACAACAAGCCCGUGGCGAUCAAGACUGCCGACGGCGAAGUGCACCUCGUCUGCCUGGAGCCUCCGCCUCCGCGGGUCGACAUUGAGAGGCGUCCGCCGGAACACGUCCUUCGAGUCCUCGGACUCCACCCUGAGAAGCUCGCCAACACUGACUCUGACCUUCGCUCUCUCCCAAUGGAGUUGUCCAAGCCCACCGCGGGCUCGGAAGGCGAGAACAGCAUGGACGUCGACAUGCGCGUUCCGCCGCAGCAGCCGCCGCCGCCAGAAGCGACGAAAGACGUGGACCUACGCAAGCCUCCAGACGUGGAGGGGUCGAGCGCUCCGGCCAAGGGUCCCUGGAACAGUCCGCAGAGGGGAGGCUCCUCGACGACGUGGGUGCCUCCGCCGGACUGCGGAUUUCAGCCGGCGGGGAAGGAAAGCGGAGGGUGGGUGAGGUACGGGAAUGCGAGCGAAGAGCGGCCGCCACCAAAUAACAGUUGGCCACAGCAGCCGAUGCCUCAGCCUCCGCAAGAUCCGGGGAUGCAUCAGCGUUGGCCCGCGGGACCGCCAAGAGACUGGAACAGCAACUUUGGGGGCGAAUUCCCGGGAGGCCCCAACGCCCAUGGAGGGGGCCCGAAUAGGGGGGGCAAUAUGCACGGCGGUGGCUACUCCGUCAAAGAGUACCCCUCUUACUUCAGGGAGGACUUCCCCCACCCACAGAUGCACCCGCAUCCUCUGGGUGUCGGCGACAUGACCCGGCCGCCGGGAUUCAUGCAGCCUCAGUUUGCCUUGAGACCGCCUGGGUUUCCGCCCGGCGGCGAGGCCCCAAAGCACAUGCCACCACUGGCACCCCCUCCCGGAAUGGGACCCCCUCCGCCGCAGGGCAUGCUUGCCCACGGACCGCCCAUGCCGCCACCCACGAUGCCCCUCCCGGGGACACUCAUGGCGCCACCGGGUCAGGCGCAGCAGCAACAGCAAGGGCCACCAUCGCUGAUGCCACCGCAACAGCCACCUUCGAUGGGCGUGCCAAAUGUGCAAGGCAUGUCCGGCACCUUCCCACCCACGAUGGAGGCGCGUCAAGCUGCGGCACCAGCUCAGGUAGUUCCGCCCGCUCUGCCGCCGGCCCUGGAAGUGAACGUGGGGGAGCUGUUCUCGAAGCUGAUAGCCGCGGGGAUCCUGAAGCAGAGUCCGGAGCCCGGCAACGGAGCGCCAGGCUCCGCCGCGGGGGAGCCGCAGCAGCAGCAGAGGUCUCAGCACCCGGGGCACCACCACACGCACCCGUCGCAGAAGAAGCGGCGGAGGAAGCAGCGCGUGGAGCACAUCAGGCAGGAGCACAGGCGGCCCGCCGAAAGCGUCCCGCCACUCAGCUUCUUCAAGACGGACCAACUCAAAGUCAAGCAUCCGGGUGUGAUCAGCGCCCUGCAUGUGGGGACCCAGUGUGCUUCGUGCGGGCUCCGCUUCACGGACGAGAAGUGCGAGAAGUACCGGCAGCACCUCGACUGGCACUUCAGGGCCAACCGGAGGGACAAGGACGGAGCUCGCAAGGCCUUCUCGCGCAAGUGGUUCUACGAGAUGGAGGACUGGAUACAGUUUGAAGAGAUUGAGGAUCUAGAAGAACGAGCGAGGAGUUUCUUCGAGCAGCAGGCCACGGUGGAACAGGACCAGAGCAGCAACUCACCAGUCGCCAUCAAAAGUGUUCCGGCAUCCGGAGACGAAACGGAAAACACCUGUGCAGUCUGCGAGGAAGCGUUCCAGCUCUUCUGGGUCGAGGAGGAAGAGGAGUGGCACUUCAGGGACGCCAUGCGCGUGGAAAAUAAGGUUUACCAUCCGGCGUGCUACGAAGACUUCAAAAGGGCGGCAGAAGCGCCUUCUAGUCCCAUCAGAACGGAGCCAGGGGAAGAAGCCCAAGCCGAAGCCGUCGAGAAGGCCGACGACGAGAAGCCGAUGGAAGUCGAGGGUGCCGUCGCCGUGAAGGAGGAGGACCCCGACGAAAACCCAGCCGACAAACCGCCGAGCGACGAAAGCCAGGCCGACGAAGCGCCAACGGAGCCGAUGGAGACGGAGGCGUCUCCGGAUGGCGACGCGAAGGACAUUGUUUCUGGUGGGGAGUUAACAAUAAAGGAUGAGAAAGCGGGUAGCGAGGAAAUGCCGGACGAUCCGGUGGUGAUCGUUGAUAACCUCGGGGAGUUCGGGGUGUCUCUGAGCGACGGGGAACGAAGCGGCGACGACGAAAAUAAACCGCCCGAGACUGUGGAACCCAAGGUUGUGGUCAAAGGCACGGGGGGUAUCAUCAUGAAGGUGAAGGCGGAGAGCAUUCAGGCGCCGGCAUCUCCCGCGCCCAGCUCCGCUGCCGCCGCCGCGGCCAGCAAUGCUUCGGACACCGGCGAAGCCGGAGCGGACCAACCGGCACAAGUCUCCGACGAACCGGUUACCGACGAAGACGAUUUCCGACCCCCUACGCCCGACCCGAGGUUUCAGUCUUUGCCGCCGGUUCAAAGGGGAAACGAGCUGUCCGGGCUUUGUUGCAUCAUGUGAUAGGGCCGGCGAUUUAGGCUUAACUCCGACACCAUUUUUCUCAGGUCUCGAAGACGGAGAGCAGCUUCAGUUUGUGGUGUUGACUGUAAGGAAUGUCGCUAUUCGUUUAGGGGGUGAGGGGGAGGGGGGGUGGGUAGCUGUUUUCUGAGCUUUUCGUUUUUCUUGAGGUAAGUUACCGACGUCCCUACGCCCCGAUUUUGGGAAGAAAAGUUAUCUCGAGUAGGUGGGGAAACCCUGUGGGGAGGUGGGGGGGAGGCCUUGGGUUGACAGUUUAAGUUCUGAAUGUUGGAUGUGUCGUUCGUUUUGCCAGCAAGUUGCGAGUCGCUCGGUGUACUGCUCGCCGCAACCUUUAACAGCUUCCUGGAGACAGACAGAACUUUGUAUAUACCCAGACUAUCCUACAUGUACAUAUUUCCUGUAAAUACUUUUGGAAAACAUUUUUUUAUGUACAGACAUGUACAAUAAAAAAGAAAGUUUUUUAUUUGAGUGUUUGUUGUUGCUUUCGAGUUAUAUACCACUUGCUCAUUUGCCUUAGUUUUUUUCCCUACCUGGAGAGUUAUAAAUUGACAGUUUAAUUGGUUACCGAGUGUCUUGCAUGUAUCUUUUUUGAGACUUCAAUAAACGGCAUUCAUUUGGAA